GAAUAGCCCUGCGGACAGACGGGACGAUAUCCAAUACCAGGACCGACCCGCAGUGAAAGACAGAUGGGUCUCUUCUUCGUGACCGCCUGGCCUUUUCGGAACCAAGUGCGGAGGGUUCGGACAUGGAGACGAGACUUUAAUACAUUUUCAGCAUCUUUUCGUAGUUUCAGGGUCCCCAUGUUGAAGAUGUCACUCUUCCAGAGGACAAGUGGAGGUUUACAUCACCACAGUUUGCCACUCACUCGGUUACUUUGCUCAAACAAGUCACCAAAAGAUAGAAACUCCAAAGAACAGGAGUUACGUGGAAGGCAAAGACGAGACUCAAGUGAAGAUGAUAACCAAAGACGAGGAAGGAGGAAAAAAGAGGAGUCACAGUGGUGGACACGCUUUCAGGAGGAUUUUCCCUGGGAUGAAAGAACAAUGUGGAACCUUGCAGUCGGUGCAGCGGGCAUGGCCACAGCUUUUUUGUACUUUCACUUCAGAGAAACUGGAGUCCAGAUUUCCUGGAAGGAUUUUGUGCAUCACUACUUGAAUAGAGGCUUGGUUGGUCACAUGGAGGUUGUCAACAAACAGUAUGUUAAAGUAUUUCCUGCUUAUGAUGUGAACUCAUCAGAAGUGAAUUAUUUGUGGUUUAACAUUGGCAGUGUGGACUCAUUUGAGCAUAACUUGGAGAGGGCUCAGCAGGAAAUGGGCCUAAACUCUACAUACAGAAUACCUGUACUUUACAGCAGUCAAAGUGAUGGGACAAUCUUUUUAAGUGUUCUCCCAACCUUGUUCCUGGUUGGAUUUUUACUUUUUGCCACCCGCCAGGGACCAAUGGCAGGAGCACAUGGGGCUCGGGUUAAAGGAAACCCCCUUAGUACGAGUGGAUCCAAAGCCAAGUUAAUUAAAGACAACAUCAGCAUUUGUUUUAAGGAUGUUGCGGGAUGUGAAGAGGCCAAACUGGAUAUAUUAGAGUUUGUCAACAUAUUGAAGAACCCACAUCAAUAUCACAACCUGGGAGCCAAGAUUCCCAAGGGUGCAUUGCUUUCAGGUCCACCUGGAACUGGGAAGACUUUGCUAGCCAAGGCAACUGCAGGAGAAGCCAACGUCCCGUUCAUCACAGUCAACGGCUCAGAGUUCCAGGAAGUGUUUGCUGGCGUGGGCCCCGCAAGGGUACGUGAUAUGUUUGCUAUGGCUCGGAAAAAUGCCCCUUGCAUUCUUUUCAUCGAUGAGAUUGAUGCAGUCGGCAGGAAGAGAGGCAGAGAGAAUCUAGGCAGUCAGAGCGAGCAGGAAAACACUCUGAAUCAGUUGCUUGUGGAAAUGGAUGGGUUUAAUAAUAGCACUAACAUAGUGGUUUUAGCUGGCACCAAUCGAGCCGAUAUCCUGGAUCCAGCUUUGAUGAGGUCUGGCCGCUUUGAUCGCCAUAUAUACAUGGGCCCACCAGAUGUAAAAGGCAGGGCAUCCAUCUUUAAAGUGCAUUUGAGACCACUGAAGUUGGACCCCAGAAUAGAUGUAGAGGCUUUGUCCAGGAAAUUAGCUGCACUAACUCCAGGUUUUACUGGAGCUGAAAUUGCUAGUGUGUGUAAUGAAGCUGCUCUAAUAGCUGCACGUCUAUUCAGUCAGCAUAUUACUACUAAGCACUUCGAGCAGGCAGUUGAGAGGGUCAGUGGAGGUCUUGAGAAAAAGACUCAGGUACUUCAGCUUCCAGAAAAGACCACUGUAGCGUAUCAUGAAGCUGGCCAUGCUGUAGCGGGUUGGUUCCUUGAGCAUGCAGAUCCACUACUUAAGGUAUCCAUUGUUCCUCGGGGGAAAGGCUUGGGCUAUGCACAAUAUCUACCUAAAGAGCAGCAUCUAUUCACCCAGGACCAGCUGUUUGACAGAAUGUGCAUGAUGUUGGGUGGUCGCGUGGCUGAGCUGGUUUUCAUUCGGCGAAUUACCACCAAGGCACAAGACGACCUCAGGAAAGUUACACAGUCAGCCUAUGCCCAGGUUGUACACUUUGGAAUGAAUAAAACAGUGGGCCAGGUUUCUUUUGACCUCCCUCAGCAGGGAAACGCAGUAAGUGAGAAGCCCUACAGUGAAUAUUCAGCCCAACUUAUAGACAAGGAGGUCCGCUUGCUCAUAGAUGCUGCCUUCCAGCGAACACAUCAGCUCAUUGUUAACAAGAAAGAAAUGGUGGAAAAGGUGGCAAAAUGUCUUUUAGAAAAAGAGAAGCUAAACAGGUCCGACAUGGUGGAGCUUCUAGGGCCUCGUCCUUUUCAAGAUAGGUGCUCAUAUGAGGAGUUUGUAGAAGAAAUAGGGGAAUCUGAAGAGGACACCUCACUACCUAAAGAACUAAAGAACUAGAACUAAAACAAAAGAGACAAAAAAACCAAGAUCAACAGACCAGUUCAGCCUUUUACCUGCAGGCAGACAUGGAGGCCUCUCAGCAAACAUCACAUUGUGAGUGCAGCACCAUCGCAUGUAGACUGCAGAGGUGGACAAUCGCAGUGACAGUCUUGAGAUGAAGGAAAGAGGGGCAUCACUCAGGUCUCUAAUAACUGGCAUUACAACUUGCUAUUUUUUAUGCAGUUUUAACAUGACAGUGUUUGUAGCUUUUAGCUGGUGGUGAUCUCUGCACCCCGAUCCACACUUUAAUGCCGUUUUAAGGCCUUUUAAAGUUAGGACUGAUGCACCUUUGUUGCACAUCGUGCCAUGUGUUAAAGUCCGAAGUAAAACAUCAGGAUGAUUAAAAAUAGGACGUAUAAGAGGUACAAAUGUUUGAUAUUUUAACUGCUUGACAGUGUCUUAAAGUAGAUGAGUGAUUUUUACUGAGGUGUGAGGACGAAUGAAGGAUAAAGCUGUUUUGGACCACACUAGUAUUAAACUAUUUUUAUACUCACCUCAUCUGUCCAGGUAUUCUCUGUAAUUUCAUUUAGCUUGAGGAUGACAAGGUGAUCUAACUUGAUCUAAAAAAUACUUUUUAAAAACACAAAGUAUUACAGCAUUAAUGUGUGCAUCUGUGAUGCAGUAAAAUGUGUGUAAAACCA